UCACUACAGUAAGCAGGAGUUAUUUUAACCGUUUGUAGAAAACAACAGCUAUAGUUGGUUUAAUUUCUUCCGAGCGUACCUGAAGGCAGCAAAAGUUCGAAAGUAUGGCGGCGGAGUGUUUGACAACCAUAACAGAGCAAUGGAUACGGGAUAAGUUACAAUUAAAACAUCCCUGUCUCGGUGACGUCCGCUCACUGAGCCUUCCGGGGACGUAUGAAGAGAAGAUUAGACAUCUGGGAAACGCACUGAAUAACUUUGUUCGUCUGAAGUCUCUGGACCUCUCCUGCAAUGCACUCGUCUCCAUUGAGGGGGUUCUACAUCUGAAAGUGCUCGAGAGGCUGAUCCUGUACUAUAACUGCAUUCCUUCCCUUGAAGAGGUGAAAGUGCUCUAUGAGCUGCCAGCUUUGAGAGAGCUGGACCUCAGGCUCAACCCUCUGACCAAAAGUUGCCCACAAUACCGCUCUUCUCUGGUGCAUGCCCUGCCCAACCUACGUAAACUAGAUGGCUGUUCAGUCAGAGACACUGAGCGCAAAACUGCAAUAAUGCAGUUCUCCUCUGACAUUCUGCCUCAGCAGAAGAGCUCAUCUUUAAAUCAGGUUGCUGACCAAAGCAGUGAUCAGAGACUGGCUUUAGUCGACCGCUUAACCAAGAGACUCUCUCUCCUCACUGACUCUGAUGAUAUUGUGUUGAAUUUUGUUGCGACGAAUCAUGGAGGAAGUGAAACUCAGUCGCACUCAGCUCACAAGGAGGCAGAAGACCACAGAGAGGAUGAAUCAAAAGAUUUUACAGACCAGAGGAGUUCUACUCCAAAACAGGAAGCAGCUAAAUCCAUCCUCCGAUAUCCUCCUGCAACAUAUGAAAACAAAGAGUCCAAGGUGCAGCACAUAAAAGGAUCAUCUCAUAAAAGAAGCUCUACCUCAAUAAAAGUGACUGAGAGACCAAAGGUGUCCUUUGGCCCGUAUGUAGAGAAAGACAGACCUGUGACUGGAAAACAAAAGCAAAAGGACUUCCAGAAACAAACCAGACAUGCAGCCAAGGGACAUUACACCCCUAAUCCUGAUCAAAGUCAUCGUCACAGUUCCUCAUUGGUUAAUAUCCGGCCUCCUAGUCCCCGUCGUCCUGGUUUGAAUCUGUCUGACCCCUCCAACCCCGUCUUACACCCCCCAAGACUGACCUACUCCAGCUUCAACGAGACAGAAGGGGGCUCCAGUCUGCCACAGCACGGAGAAAAGAAAAAAAGGGGUAGUUAUAGGAAACCCCUGGAGAUGCUCCUCAACCUCGUGGACAAACACUGGACGGGUGAAAGGUCACUGCAUCAUAACAACAACUUCCUGUCUCAGGCAGUCCAGAUCCUCUCUAUGAUGGAAAACGAUAUUUCCAGUCGGGAGGCUGAGGUCAGAACCUUAAGACGGGAAACUGAAGCACUGAACUUUCAAGCGGCUGCACAAGAGAAAGAGCACAAAACUGAAGUGUGUAACCUCUCUGCUCAGCUGGAGGAAGCUCGCAGUGCAGUUGGCAAACUAAACGAGCAGCUGAGGAUUGUCUUGGAGGAAAAUGUUGCUCUACAGAAACAGCUCAUCAAGUUAGAACGACAGUAUCUCAAGUCUAUGAUGAAAAGUUCACCUGUUACUCAGAUUAAAGAGGCUCAGACUGAAGUGGAGGAGCUGAGGAAAGAGAUCGAGGCGUUGAGGGAGAAGGUCCAGGAGGCGGAGAAAGUUAAAGAUUUGUCAAAUAUGCUGCAAGAAAGUCACAGGUCCCUGGUGGCCACCAAUGAGUGUUUGCUAGCUGAGCUGAAGGGAAGUGGAGAACUUUAAAGAGGAAUUUGAAUGAAAGAUGCACACUGGGAGGAAAAUAACAAAGCAAGACGAUGACGAGCGUCAUAUUGGCUUUACAUUGGCUGCACCAGGCCCAGCAGCAACACACUGUUUUUAAUCAUUUUUAGCCCAUAUCACUGCAGUGUACAUUUAAAUGUUGUGUAUAUUAAGUUCCUAGUCUUUCUGAAACAUGUGUUUAUUAUUUAAAAAAAGAUUGUAUAGGCUGCGUUUGCUGGAUGUAAACAGUAACGGGGAAAGGCAAUUCAUUCAAGGAUGUUUGUGUAUAAGUGUGUGACAGGGCUGUUAUGGUAAAUUAUUUUAAGGGGGAAAAUGUUAGUGAGAAGGUCAUAAUGUAUUUCCUGGAUCAGUGGCAAGAUUGUGUCUCUCUUAGCUGCCUUCCCCCAUUUUUUUUUUUUUUUUUUUAGGUCACUCGUGUCUCCAUCUGCUUUGUACACUGCAGUGGAAUGAAUGCAUCUAGAUUCCAGCUGCACUGUGACUUUAUUUAUACCGCUGCCUUCAGGCUGCAGAGCUACACACACACACACACACACACACACACACACACACACACACACACUUUCCUCUCACAAACACUAAUGCAAGACCUGGCAAAGGUUAUGAUGUGGAUACUACUACAUAAACUGAAUGUAGCUUUUUGUUUAAAGUGAAUGUUACAGGUCAGUGGCUGCUGCUACUGAUGGGGAGUUUCACAGUGUUCCCAAAUAAGAAUAUAAAACAUUGUGUUUUGACUGACAACCUGCAACCUACUCAGCACAGGUUCUCAGGUGUUUUUUUAUUUUCAGUAAUGCACCACAAAUCAUGAACACACAUUAAGAGGUCUAAAGAACAAGAACAAAAACACAAUGCAUGCACUGGGGCACAAUAGUACAUCAUUAAAAGUUAUUUGAAUAAAAAAUAAGACAAUAUUGUUUCUCCACAUUAAAGGUGCACAGUAUUUGGCAUUAAGCACAAAAAAACAGAUCGAGCUACUGCAGCAGACAAAAACUAACACACUGAUAGCUGCUAGUUUUGGACUUGAUGCAUGAUUCUUCAUCAGCUGAGGCUACAGGUAGUGCGUGACACAAACACUGUCACUAUGUUGGAAAAAUAUUUUACAAAAGUAGAGGACUUGUUUGCAAUUUUCC